AUGUUUUAUAAAACACCCUUUCCAUCGUUAUUUUCCUACUUAUUACUUAUGAUAGGCUCGGCCAUAUUUACAAUGACAACAGUUUAUAGUAUGCACAAAAUGGGACAAAGUGAUAAAUGGGGAUGUAAAAAAUGUUUACUCUUUGGACGUAUCGCUGUUGGAUGUGGCGUAGCAUUUACAUGUGUAUUAGGCUUAUUUGCUGUUUUAUUAGCUACCAUGUUGAGUGGGAAAACACGUAAAAAAUAUUUUUGGGGUCACAAGAAAAAUGUUUGCGCAAGAUUAUUAAACGGUUUCUUUUUAUUUAUAAUAUUUUUAACAACACUUGGUUGGUUAUUAAUAACUUGUGUGUCAAUUAUUCCAUUGUACGCAUUACUUUAUAACGAUUUUAUUGUUUGCAGAAAAGAGGCAAAAUCAACCAAUUUUUUAAAUCUAUUGAAUGAAGUUAGUCAUGAAAUUCACAAAGCUGACAAACAUAAAUCAUUCACAAUUGCCGAUCUUUGCACUCCGAUAUUUUUGAUGAUUAGUAUGGGAGCAAAUCAUGCGCAUAUAAUUAAUGAUCAAGUUCGAUACGAAGUUACUCAGAAUGGAGAAGAUAUUGAAGAAACAAAAAUGUAA